GCAGACGCUGAUGCUGCGAGCUGUGUCAGUGAGUAUUGGGACGCGGAGUGCGUCGCUCACGUGCGCACGUGUCAUGCCCGAGUGAGAAACAUGCGAGCCCCGCUGCUGAUGAUGGUUGCCGUGGCCGCCGUGGCCGCCUCGGCCGCUGAGCAGGACUUCCGCUCCAAAAUGUUCCUCGACGAGCCGGCCGACCCGUGCUACGAGGACAACGCCCAACUCAGGCCCAGAAGGUGCAUCCCUGACUUCGUCAACGCAGCCUUCAAACGCACCGUACUUGCGUCCAGUACCUGCGGUGCCGUGCCCACCAGGUACUGCGAGUCUACGGGCGGCAAAGCGGAGGCAUGCCAGGUGUGCGACGCGAACCAGGCGAAGCUGGCGCACCCCGCCACCCACCUGACCGACCUGAACAACCCGAACAACCUGACGUGCUGGCGAUCGGAGCCGAUGCAGGCCCACCCGUACGGUUAUCAGGACAACGUGACCCUGGUGCUGUCGCUGGACAAAACCUACGAGCUGACCUACAUCAGCCUGCAGUUUUGCGCACGCCGCUUCAAGCCAGACUCGAUGGCCAUCUACAAAAGCGUCGACUACGGCAACACGUGGCAGACCUUCCAGUUCUACUCGUCCACCUGCCGCAAGGACUACGGCAAGCCGCCCAGGGCCAACAUCACCAAGGCUAACGAGCAGGAGGCGCUGUGCGUCGACGUGCACCGCGCGGACUUUGGUUCUAACAGCGUUGCAGCCCGCGUCGCCUUCAGCACCCUCGAAGGCCGCCCCAGCGCUGCCGACUUCGACAACAGCCCCGUCCUUCAGGACUGGGUGACCGCGACGGACAUCAAGGUGGUGUUCAACCGGCUGCAGCCGCCGCAGCAGACGCCGCGGGUCGAGCCUGUGGCCGACGACGCGCUCAGCAGCAACCUGCUGACGCCGCUGAAUGAGAGCGAGCAGGCGGGCGACCGCUUCAGCAGCUUCUACCACUACGCCGUGUCUGAUCUGGCCGUCGGCGGCCGCUGCAAGUGCAACGGCCACGCAUCCAAGUGUCUGCCGUCGGCCCGCGACAACGGCCAGCUGCUCUGCGACUGCAGGCACAACACGGCAGGCCGCGACUGCGAGAAGUGCAAGCAAUUCCACUUUGACCGACCCUGGGGAAGGGCCACCCUGAAGGAUGCCAACGAAUGCAAGGCUUGCAACUGCAACAACCACGCCCGCGGCUGCCGCUUCAACAUGGAAUUGUACAAGCUAUCAGGCCGCGUAUCGGGCGGCAUUUGCCUCAAAUGCCGGCACUUCACCGCCGGCCGCCACUGCCACUACUGCCGCGAAGGCUACUACCGCGACAACACCAAGCCCAUCACCAAUCGCAAAGCCUGCAAACCUUGCGGCUGCCACCCGAUCGGCUCCUCGGGCAAGACGUGCAACCAGACGAGCGGCCAGUGUCCAUGCAAGGACGGCGUCACAGGCACUACCUGCAACCGGUGCGCCAAGGACUACAUUCAGAGCAGGUCCCACAUCGCACCCUGCAUAAGAGCACCAAUGACGAGUGGCUACGACCUAGGAAGCCAGGCAGACACGGGAACUGCAGCAGCAGCGGCCGCCGUGGCAAAAGACCAGUGCGGCGCUUGCCCCGCGGCCGCCAAGAGACUCAACAUGAACAAGUACUGCCGCAAGGAUUUUGCUGUUUUGGUGCGAGUUACCGGACGUGAGAUGGUCGGCGAGUGGGUGCGCUUUAGCGUGAUCGUGGAGACCCUUUUCAAGAAGCCGAGGUCCAACAACGGUGCCAACUUCCUGCGCAGCGGACCAACACAAAUGUGGAUGCUCGCCACCGACCUCAACUGCAAGUGCCCCAAAGUCAGAACCAACAAGAGCUACCUGGUGGUGGGCGACCGUGAGAGCAGCGUGCCGGGUCGGAGCGGCUUCGAGGUGUCGCGGCGCUCAAUCGUGGUCGAGUGGCAAAACGAGUGGCAUUCGCGGAUGCGACGCUUCCAGAGACGCGCCCGCGAGUGUCGCUGAGCCGCAACAACGGGCCAAAACAAUAUAAUCCAAAUUGUAUUGUCGUCCGCAGCCAAGUCUGACAGAGAAGAACGUCACGAUUAGAAUGUAAUUUAACUCGCAUGUAUUCCUCACGCACUCCGCAUACAAAUGAGAUUAAUUGAUCGCGCCAGUGCGCGCAACUGAUAUACUUAUAAUUAACGAGGUAAGCAGCUGUAAUU